CUCCGCUCUCGACCGCUUCUGCUCAUCUCCAGGCGUUCUCCCUUCUGCUUCGCUGCAAAAUCCGACUUUUUCCCUGCUGCUUUCAAUGGAGACUGUCAGUAGUCAUGAUGUUGCCGCGAGAAUGUGUCUUCUCAAAUCUGACACCUCUGCAAAUUUGUCGCCGUUUCGGAGCUUCGCCGGUUGCUCUCUGUUUGAUUCUGGAAUCUGGAGGACCAGACGAAGUUUCGCUCUGCGAAAACCGCUAGCUUUUGCGGUUAGAUCCGUCAGGAUCGCUGAAACUCAAGACAACCAAAUAGGCACCAUCGAGGAGGAGGCGAGCUCUCCGGCUGACCUUUUGAGUAGCGAAGCUUUGGGGCAGGGGAAGGUAUGUGAUCGGAGGAAAACGAAGAUAGUUUGUACGAUUGGUCCGUCAACGAGCUCGCGUGAGAUGAUAUGGAAGUUGGCGGAGGCUGGAAUGAAUGUGGCGCGGUUGAACAUGUCGCACGGAGACCAUGCCUCGCACCAGCAAACCAUUAAUCUUGUUAAAGAAUACAAUGCUCAAUUCGACGACAAAGUUAUAGCCAUAAUGCUGGAUACCAAGGGUCCUGAGGUUAGAAGUGGAGAUGUACCUAGGCCAAUUGUGCUUAAGGAGGGACAAGAGUUUAAUUUUACUAUUAGAAGAGGGGUCUGCACAAAAGAUACUGUCAGUGUAAAUUAUGACGACUUCAUAAAUGAUGUGGAGGUUGGCGAUAUAUUACUUGUGGAUGGUGGAAUGAUGUCAUUAGCUGUGAAGUCAAAGACAAAAGAUUUGGUUAAAUGUGUAGUUGUUGAUGGUGGAGAGUUAAAAUCAAGGCGUCAUUUAAAUGUACGUGGAAAAAGUGCAACUUUGCCAUCAAUAACAGACAAAGAUUGGGAAGAUAUCAAAUUUGGGGUGGACAACCAAGUUGAUUUCUAUGCCGUCUCUUUUGUGAAGGAUGCUAAGGUGGUCCAUCAGUUGAAAGAUUACCUUAAAAGCUGCAAUGCAGAUAUUCAUGUGAUUGUGAAAAUCGAAAGUGCUGAUUCUAUACCAAAUCUCCAGUCAAUAAUUUCUGCUUCUGAUGGGGCAAUGGUUGCUCGUGGGGACCUUGGAGCUGAACUUCCAAUUGAGGAUGUCCCCUUAUUGCAGGAGGACAUCAUUAGAAGGUGCCGUAGUAUGCAGAAACCAGUAAUUGUAGCAACAAACAUGCUAGAAAGCAUGAUUAAUCAUCCUACACCCACAAGGGCAGAAGUUUCUGAUAUUGCAAUAGCAGUGCGAGAAGGUGCUGAUGCAAUUAUGCUUUCUGGAGAAACUGCGCAUGGAAAGUGAGUUACCAUCAUUUAUAUUGGUGGCAUCACUGAUGUAUAGCAGCUUUAAAUCCUUUCUUAUUCCUUUUGAUUUUGUUGUGUUAAUAACAUAGAACAAAAUAGCAUUAGAAAUUCCAGCUAAUUUUUUGAAUAUUAUUAUUGGUGGCACCUGUCCCUACUUCAAAGCACGGUAUCUUAUGGGAAAAAGUCAUGGAAGAGCAUUAUAUGUGUUACGUUGUUUACUCAAAUAUUGGUGUUCUAAUCAAAAUAUGAAUGAAUGAUGUUCUCCUCUAGUUUCUCCUCAAUAGGAAGGUGUGGCUUAUUUGGUUUGAUUUUGUUGAUGUACCAUGCUAAAUAAUACUUCCUUAAAUUACUGAAGGUAUCCAUUAAAAGCUGUAAAAGUGAUGCAUACUGUGGCAUUGAGGACUGAAUCAAGUCUUCCAGUUAACACGAUGCCUCCAGUCCAUUCUGGUACUUAUAAGGGCCAUAUGGGAGAAAUGUUUGCUUUUCAUUCUACAACUAUGGCUAACACCCUCAAUACACCCAUCAUUGUGUUCACAAGAACUGGAUCAAUGGCUAUACUUUUAAGUCAUUAUCGUCCUUCCUCAACUAUAUUUGCCUUCACAAAUGAGGAGAGAAUUAAGCAGAGGCUGGCACUUUAUCAAGGUGUGAUGCCCAUUUAUAUGCAAUUUUCAGAUGAUGCUGAAGAGACCUUCUCCCGAGCACUCAAGCUGCUAUUGGUUAGUUACCUGCUAACUAUUCAUCUCCUUUUGCCGCAUGUUUUUGUUUUAAGUAGCAAAUAAGGACAGGAAGUGGCAACUUGUGCGGGGUCCUUCCUGUUGUCUUUGAGCACCUUAGAAGAAGGGACCUAAAGGAACCUGACGACAAUCAGAUUGAGCACAUUGUGCUAGAUGAUUAGUGGUUUGAUAUUAAUGAUCAUGGCUUGUGACUGCAUUGAGAUUGAAACACAUUACCUCUUGGAGACCAGAUCCUU